AUGGAAUUAGACCCUAAACCUCCUAAAAAAAACAAAAAAACAACUAAAAUGGAAUAUAGAUAUUUAGGGCAUAGCGGGCUUAAAGUAUCGGUUCUUUCUCUUGGUGGGUGGGUAACUUUUGGUGGCCAAGUUUCUCCUGAAAUUACAAGAGAAUGUAUGCAAGUAGCGUUUGAUAAUGGAAUAAAUUAUUUUGAUACAGCCGAGGUAUAUGCCGGUGGGAAAUCUGAAUUAGAUAUGGGUAAUGCAAUCAAAAUGUUGAAUUGGAAACGUUCAGAUUUUGUAAUAUCAACAAAAAUAUUUUGGGGUGGAAAAGGCCCUAAUGAUAGAGGGUUAUCUAGGAAACAUAUUGUCGAAGGGUUGAAUGCUUCUUUAAAAAGAUUAAGUUUAUGUUAUGUAGAUAUAGUAUUUGCACAUCGACCAGAUCCUGAUACUGUAAGUUGA